AUGUCUGAUUCUCUGUUCGGGCAGCCUGCUCUCUACCAAUUGGUGGAAAAAACGAACAAAUCUGACGAAGAGAAAAAGUGCUACGUCGAUACCACAAAGAACGAUAUCCGUAAGAUGGUCGCUGAUCUGCCGAUGGACAAGAAAUUCAAGAUUUCAAUCGACGAUUUCUGUCACACACCCAUUCUCUCUGACGAGCUUUUCAAGAUCAUGGAUAAGAACGAUGACGGGAUGAUCUCUAAGGGCGAGCUGAAGCUGGCUAAGAAGCACAUGUCGAUGAAGGAGAUUGAUGAGAUCAUCAAGGAGGUGGACGCUAACAGCGACGGGAAGCUGUCCUACGAGGAGAUGAAGAUGAUCUGCGCGAAGGUUGCGCUCAAGUCGGAGAGGAGAAGGAACCGAAACAAUUAAAAAUUUUAAAAUCAUUAAUUAAUUAUUUUUUUCCCCGCAAGUUGUAAAUUUAUUCUUUCUGCUUCACUGAGAACUAGAAAUUUCUGGAAUAAGAAAAAGGCUUUUAGACGAAAUUCCUGACUUUAAAUAUUGAAAUUAACAUGAGAUACAGAAAUUGUGCAAUGUAAACAGACCCAUUUUACUCAAUAAAUGGUUUUUGAUGACGUCGUCCUAUUCCACGGGUUUCUGGGUCUUACUGUAAGUUUAUCAAUUCUCUAUUUUAAUAACUUUUUUUUAUAAAAGUAAAGAAAAUAUAAAUAGUAAUAGUUUGAAUCAAAAUACACUUAACAUUAAAUAAUGAAUUCAAGUAUACUGUUUAGGUCAGUUUGUAGACUACAGUUAUAGACCCGUAAAAGUGUGGAUUACAAAGACGACUUUACAGCUGCAGUAGUUUCAUCAGUAGCUUUAACAUCAAGAUUAAAUGGGUCUGUGUACGCUGCACAAUUACUGUGUUUCAUGCUCGUUGGACAGUUUUAAAUCAUAACUUCGUCUU